AUCAUUAUUUUAUGUCUUUGUCAUUGUCAUAUUUGAACAGUCAACAGGUGAUCUUUCAACUGAACUUUGACAACUCUUUUAAAUCCAAUCGUCUCCCAGUGGCAUUAUACGCGUUUAGUCGUUACUCAAAUAAACGCAACGAUGUCGGGAGGAUUAGAUAACUUAGCCCUCAACGAGGAAGAUGUAACCAAAAUGCUUGCAGCGACAACCCACCUUGGGUCUGAAAAUGUUCACUUCCAGAUGGAAACAUACGUGUACAAGCGUCGUGCGGAUGGCACUCACGUAAUUAACUUACGUCGCACGUGGGAGAAGUUGGUUUUGGCGGCCAGAGCAGUUGUUGCGAUUGAAAACCCAGCUGAUGUAUUCGUCAUCUCAUCACGUCCAUUUGGACAGAGAGCAGUACUGAAGUUUGCUGCACACACUGGAGCUACACCUAUUGCUGGACGUUUCACACCUGGUGCUUUUACUAACCAGAUUCAAGCUGCCUUCAGGGAGCCCCGCCUUCUUAUUGUGCUUGAUCCAGCACAGGACCACCAACCCAUUACUGAGGCUUCAUAUGUCAACAUUCCUGUUAUUGCUCUGUGCAACACAGACUCACCUCUGAGAUUUGUCGAUAUUGCUAUCCCAUGCAACACCAAGUCAUCCCACUCUAUUGGUCUGAUGUGGUGGCUGCUCGCCCGAGAGGUCCUGCGCCUUCGUGGAGUUCUCGCCCGUGACCAACGCUGGGAUGUAGUGGUAGACCUCUUCUUCUACCGUGACCCAGAAGAGAGCGAGAAGGAAGAACAACAGGCAAAGGAACAGGCUGUCGUUGCUGUCAAGCCAGAGGUCCCGCCCCCGGUGCAUGAAGACUGGAUCGAGCCUGAACCAGUCACUUCAUGGGCUGAGGAGUCUGCUCCAGUUGCUGCACCAGCUUUUGGCACACCGGCUGCUCAAGACGAUUGGGCUGCUCAGGUACAAGAAGAGUUGGGUACCACCGCCGCGCCUGUGGUCGCUGCGCCUGCUCCAUCAUGGGGAGGCUCUGCCCAAGGAUGGGCCGCGUCGUAAACAUUGUGUUUACAAAAUUAAAAUUUGAAAAACUAAA